ACCCCGUCCCUUUCCCUCCCUCCUCUUCCCGUCGCUUCCAGAGAUCAAAACCCUAGCCUAUCCCCUCCUCCACCUCGCGAUCCCCGCGCCAUGGCCUCCGCCCUCGGGGCUCAGGUGUCUGUGGCGGCUACGGGAGGAGUUGCUCGAGCAAGGUGCGUGGGUUGGAUCUUCUGAUAGGGUAACAAUACUGUUAACUUCUGCAAUAAAUCAUGGAUUGGCACCACAUUAGCAUGGGAAAGCAAGGCCUUGAAAGCAAGGCAUAUGAACAAGAUCUUUUGCAUGUCUGUUCAACAAGCAAGCAAAAGCAAAGUUGCUGUUAAACCUCUGGAAUUGGAUAAUGCAAAGGAGCCACCCCUUAACUUAUACAAACCAAAGGAACCUUAUACAGCUACAAUUGUCUCAGUUGAGAGACUUGUAGGCCCUAAAGCUCCUGGUGAAACAUGCCAUAUUGUCAUUGAUCAUGGUGGCAAUGUUCCAUACUGGGAAGGACAAAGUUAUGGUGUCAUUCCUCCAGGAGAGAACCCAAAGAAACCUGGAUCUCCAAAUACUGUUCGGCUCUAUUCUAUUGCAUCUACUAGGUAUGGUGAUUCUUUUGAUGGAAAGAGAGCCAGUUUAUGUGUUCGCCGUGCUGUUUAUUAUGAUCCUGAAACUGGAAAGGAAGAUCCCUCAAAGAAGGGUAUCUGUAGUAAUUACCUGUGCGACUCAAAACCAGGGGACAAAGUUCAGAUCACAGGUCCCUCAGGCAAAAUCAUGCUUUUACCUGAGGAUGAUCCAAAUGCAACGCAUAUCAUGAUUGCCACUGGCACUGGUGUUGCUCCAUACCGUGGCUAUCUACGUCGUAUGUUCAUGGAGGAUGUUCCGACUUUCAAGUUUGGUGGUCUUGCUUGGCUCUUUCUUGGUGUUGCUAACACCGAUAGCCUUCUCUAUGAUGAAGAGUUCACAAACUACCUUCAGCAGUAUCCAAACAAUUUCAGGUAUGACAAAGCACUAAGUAGGGAACAGAAUAAUAAAAAUGGUGGCAAGAUGUACGUGCAGGACAAGAUCGAAGAGUACAGUGAUGAAAUUUUUAAACUUUUGGAUGGCAGUGCACAUAUCUACUUUUGCGGUUUGAAGGGUAUGAUGCCAGGGAUCCAGGACACACUCAAGAGAGUGGCCGAGCAAAGAGGUGAGAGUUGGGAGCAGAAGCUCUCACAGCUAAAAAAGAACAAGCAAUGGCAUGUGGAGGUUUACUAGUUUACUGAAUGCCACGAGCUUUGAUUUUUGCAAUUUUUUCGCAGCGAGUUGAAACAGAAAACAGAAAAAUCAAUGAAUCGCUGCAGUGUAAAAUUGUCCUAUUCACAAGCUUCUGUUUCACAUCGUGAAUAAAAUGAAGCAUAUGAUUAUUUUGACACGGUAAGUUGGUAUUGUGAAA